AUGGCCUCCAUGUUCGAGCAGCCCCGCAACGGCACCCUUUUCUUGGGCGGCCAGAAGAUUUCGGGAUCCGACAUUCGUGACCAGAACGUGCUGGCCACGCAAGCGAUCGCAAAUGUCGUCAAGAGCUCUUUCGGCCCCAGCGGGCUUGACAAGAUGAUGGACGUUACCGUGACGAACGAUGGUGCGACGAUUCUCAGCCUCCUCGAUGUCGACGACCCUGCAGGCAAAAUCCUAGUCGACCUGGCACAACAGCAAGACAAGGAAGUCGGCGACGGCACCACUUCUGUCGUCCUCAUUGCCGCAGAGCUCCUCCGCCGAGGCAACGAGUUGAUGAAAAACAGGAUACACCCGACCACCAUCAUCACGGGGUAUCGCCUUGCCCUCCGCGAAGCUAUCAAGUACUUGAGCGAGAAUGUGAGCAUCAAGGUCGAGAACCUUGGCCGCGAGUCCCUCAUCAACAUUGCCAAGACUUCCAUGUCGAGCAAAAUCAUUGGCGCCGACUCCGACUUCUUCGCCGAGAUGGUUGUGGAUGCCAUGCAGGCUGUCAAGUCAACCAACAACCGCAACGAGACAAAGUACCCGGUGAAGGCGGUCAACAUCCUCAAGGCCCACGGAAAGGGUGUCCGGGAGUCGACGCUCGUCAAGGGCUACGCUCUGAACUGCACAGUUGCGUCGCAGGCCAUGCCUACGCGCAUCCAGGAUGCCAAGAUUGCCAUCCUCGACAUGAACCUACAGAAGGAGAAGAUGAAGCUCGGUGUGCAUGUCACCGUGGACGACCCGCAACAGCUCGAGCAGAUCCGCGCUCGCGAGUCCGAGAUGAUGCUGGAGAGGAUCGAGCUGAUGUUCAAGGCCGGUGCUAACGUUGUCCUGACCACCAAGGGCAUUGACGACAUGUGCAUGAAGAUGUUCGUCGAGCGUGGAGCUAUGGGUGUCAGGCGAUGUAAAAAGGAAGAUCUCAGGAGAAUCGCCAGGGCGACCGGUGCAACUCUGCUGAGCACAUUCUCAGACCUGAACGGCGACGAAAAGUUCGACCCGUCCUACCUGGGUCACGCUGAGGAGGUUGUCCAGGAGCGCAUCUCGGACGAUGAGUGCAUCCUCGUGAAGGGUACCAAGUCUCACUCUUCGGCGUCGAUCAUUCUGCGUGGACCCAACGACUUCUCGCUCGACGAGAUGGAGCGCUCUGUUCAUGACUCGCUGUGCGCCGUCAAGCGUACGCUGGAGAGUGGCAGCAUUGUGCCCGGUGGAGGUGCUGUUGAGACCGCGCUUCACAUUUACCUCGAGGAGUUUGCCGGCACAGUCGGCUCCCGUGAACAGCUUGCCAUUGGCGAGUUCGCCCAGUCCCUCCUGGUCAUUCCCAAGACCCUGGCCGUCAAUGCUGCCAAGGACGCCGCCGAGCUCGUGGCUCAGCUGCGCUCGCGGCACGCCCUGAGCCAGCGCAUCCAGGAAGGUGACGGGAGCGAGGACGAGAAGACGCUCGCCCGCAAGAAGGGGUACCGCAACUACGGUCUGGACUUGACAAAGGGCAAGGUGGUGGACGAGCUUAAGCUUGGUGUGCUGGAGCCCAGCAUGAGCAAGGUGCGGCAGCUCAAGAGCGCCGUCGAGGCUUGCAUCAGCAUCAUGCGCAUUGACACCCUGAUCAAGCUGGAUCCGGAGCAACCGCAGGAUGAUGGACACGGCCACUAG